AUGGUGGAGGCUGCCGCACACCGUGUGCAGCCGCAACCCUUGUCGUUGUGGCUUCAGCCACGCACGACCUGCGAAGUAGACCCAGCAAUGCGCUUGUGCAGCAACUUUCACAUGCCGGCAGACCUUUGCCAAUUUGGCAACAUUUUAGAGAUAUGGGGAGACCCAGAUGCAGUUCAGGCAUCGCUUGCAGACCUCACAUAUGAGGAGCGCCUGUGUUGCGCACAUGGAUGGCCCCUGCGCUCAACGGGCUUCUGUUACACUCACCAGCGGCAGUGCGCCUACAAUGCUGGAUGCCACGUCAGAGUACAGGGUCCUCCCUGCCCUGACUACUCGGCAGCUGGGCUGCGCAGAGGCGCUUCUGGCCCAACAUUCCCCACAAUGUUGGCGGCUGGAGCAAAAUCUCGGCUGACGCGCUCGGCCCUGGUAGUAUUGGAGAACGUUUGUGGGCUCCCUGAGGAGGUUGUCGCGGAUGCUUUUGGCCCAGAUUACACACUUUCAUCUUUCGCGCAGUCGCCAUCAGAUGUUGGCUUCGAUUGCGUAGCUCGCCCCAGGAAGUUCUUCGCGAUUACCGAUGUCGCAGCGACGGAAACCUUGUAUGACUUGAGGACUCUGCUGGAGGAAGUCCAGAGCAAGCUGAAGCGCGAACCGCCAUUGUCCCUUCGAACUCUCCUCUGUGCUAGUCCUGACGAGGUUCGCGAGGACGUGUAUCACUUGAGCUGGUGCCGCUCACAUCUGAAGCGCGUGCCUUUGCCUGACAGGGCAAACCUGCAGCCUGUUGCACUGCUGAAUGGCCAGGAAGCUACGAGGCUCACAGAUUAUGUUAUGGCGUGGCGCGACGGUGCUGGCCAUAAAUGUCAGUGGGAGGACUUAGUGUGUCACCUUGGUGACGCACCAGCCACUGGCUGGUGCACCUGGUCAUCAGCUUCCGGGAAGCUGCCAACAAUAAGGCGCAGCUCCGGAAUUUACUGGCACGUCAGCGCAAACAGACAGAUCCUCUUGAAGGAACUUUAUGGCUCUAUGGGGUUCUGCACGUUUGCUGGCUGCGCUGCUGCGGCUGGGGUGGCACCGUUCCGGGUAUUUCAUCCUGGGUUGAGUCAUCGUCAGCUGGCGCAAGCUUUGGGCAAUUCACAGCAUGUAGCUAAUAUAGGUGUCUUCACAGUCUGCGCGCUAGCCUGUGCUGGGCUGAAAGACGACAGGAGCAAUCGUGAAUGA